CGUGUAGGUUGGGAUUGGGACUUUAUUACCAUCUCCUCCAACCAUGCGUAACAGGGCAGCAACUCGGCUGACGGUCAAGAAAAAUGAAACACCGAAAAUCAGACAAUCUUGGAGCAAAUAUAAUCUCUUCAACCUAACCCGGCUACGAGGAGAUCCUUACAGACCUCUCAACUUUUUUAAGACGAAAUGGAAGUCCAAGUCUUUAUCCCGAAGCUACCACGGCGAACAAGUUCGAGAGAAGCAAUGGGUACGCAUGUUCGACAGAAGAAUCCGCUCGGUGAUACCGAUGAACGCACGGUACCUCGCAUCCAACGACGGCUCGCGUGAGUCUGCCGGUAGAGGAUCGGGUCUUGUCAGCGAUCGAAAUGAGCGGAACUCGUCGAGGUGGGACAGGACGAAGAAGAAGAAGGAGGUGCCAUAUAUGCAAAUGACCUAUGCUCCGAUGGAAAGACGACUGGACACCGCCAUCUUUCGAGCACUGUUCGCGAGCAGUGCCCGACAAGCAAGGCAGUUUGUUGUACACGGAGCAGUCAAGGUGAAUGGGAAGCAAAUGCGGUACCCAGGCUACCUCCUGAACCCCGGGGACAUGUUCCAGGUAUUGCCAGAACGCGUCAUGUACGCCACAGGCGCUCCCAAAGUCAACGAACGGGCAAAAUCCGAAGACAAGCAGAACGCCGAUGAAGAGGCGGCAGAGGAGAUCGGCAAGGAAGAACAACAACCAGCAGCAGAACCUGAAGAGGCGGAGGCCCAGGCUGAAGAGCAGGAUCCCCGCGAGGUUCUGAAAGCACUCAAAUCGCAGGCACGAGCUCUCCUCGCAUCUUCCAAGCAAGAUUUAGGAGCGAAGCGGAAGCAAGACUUGCGCGCAUUUUCCAAGUCCAUCCAACGACUCCUGUCCAAGAGCAAAUCCGCGUCGAUCGAGACGGACAGUGCGGAAGCACAGCUGGCGGAGAUCCAACAGCAACUCCAGGUCAGGAGAGAAAUUAAAGCGGCAGGAGAACCCUCGUCGUCGUCACCGUCGGCCGUACAAGUCGCAUCCGCCUCCGUCGAGGGUGCAGCAGAGACGCAAACGGAGACAAAGGCCGAACAACAACUCCACAUGGACGACGAAGAAUACAACGAGCUGCUUACGGCUCUGAGGUCCAUGCAGGAGAACCCCAUCGACGACUCCAAACCCUAUGCCACCCCCUGGACGCCCCGGGACUACAUGAGCGUGUUCGCGUUCGUCCCCCGGUUCCUGGAGGUCAACCACAAGAUCUGUGCGGCCGUCUACCUGAGACACCCCGUGGCGCGGCCGGGGCUGGCCGAGGUGCCGACGCCCUUUUCGGAAUACAUCAACAGCUCGGCCUUCACGUGGUACCUCAGGAGGAGGUAGCAAGGCGAGAAACGAAAUCCGGGAGGAUUCAAGAUAGAAACUGUAGUAUUGUACUAUAUAUACCUUACCUGCCUUACCUACCUAGGUAGCUUUGUGCGCUUAGCGGUUUUUUCGGCGCAUAGGUCACGAUUUCUCUCUCAAGGAGAGAUAUAAAGAGAGGAAGUAAAAAAUGUAUUUCACAUAUGCAUUCGCAAAGUGUUAUUCAUCAGUGC